AUGGACGAUUCGGGUGAUCAGAGGUUCCAAAAGUACCACCCCUACCAGAAUUUCUACAGCGUCCCUUCUCAGAGCCUCUACAAUCUGCCCACGUCCCCGGAGUUCCUCUUCCAGGAAGAAGCCGCACGCCAGCGCAGGACCUGGAGCGAGAAUCUCACCUACUACACCGGCGCGGGGUACCUCGGCGGUGCGAUCGCCGGCGGUGCGAAGGGGACACUCGAUGGGAUCAGGGCGGCCGAGGCCGGCGAGAGCAUGAAGUUGCGGCUGAACAGGGUUUUGAACUCCGGCGGGCAGAGUGGUCGGCGGUUGGGCAACACUAUGGGAGUCCUGGGUCUGAUGUUUACCGGGAUCGAGAGCGGCUUGAUUGCGUUGAGGGAUGUGGAUGAUUUGGCUAACACCGUGGUUGCUGGGCUCGGCACUGGGGCAAUUUAUCGAGCAGCCAGAGGCCCCAGAUCGGCGGCGAUUGCUGGCGCUAUCGGAGGGGUCGCGGCCGUUGCUGCUGUCGCCGGGAAGCAUGUUGUUAAGAGAUAUUUUCAUGUCUAG